UGUGAGAGAGAGAGAGAGAGAGAGAGAGAGGAUGAGCAGAUGAGCAGGUGCAUUUACUACAAUGUGCACGAGGAAUGAGUGCAUUUCUAAUCCCAUCUUCAAUCUUCAGUGCUUUUAUGAAGAAGUGUUUCUGUUCUUUCACUGCAGGACGUUUGAUAAGAUGUGAAAUUAUCAGCUGAAUAACAAAACUGUGUCUGUGCCCAGAGGAUCUUCAUAAUGGUUCAUGUCAACAGGACUGAAGACAACAUCUCCAGCGCUGCCCCGACCCCUCAUUCUUCUUCUUCAUCAUCAUCAUCCUCCAUGUCGUUUUCAGGCCUCUCUCCAUCUCUGUCUUCAUUCAUCUCUCAGUCAAACUGCUCCGUGCCUCCAUCUCCAUCCUCUCCACCGUAUAACUUCUACGCUGUGUUGUUGGUUUUGUUGAUCUUCUGCGUGGUGUUCGGCAAUGUGCUGGUGUGUGUGGCUGUGUCGAGAGAAAAAGCUCUUCAGACCACCACUAAUUACCUCAUCGUGUCUCUGGCCGUGUCUGACCUGCUUUUAGCCACGCUGGUGAUGCCAUGGGGCGUCUAUCUGGAGGUCGUAGGUGAAUGGAGGUUCAGCCGAAUUCACUGUGAUGUUCUUCUCACAUUGGAUGUUAUGAUGUGUACAGCCAGCAUUCUCAACUUAUGUGCCAUCAGCAUUGACAGGUACACGGCUGUGGCUAUGCCUUUAUUGUAUAACACACGUUACAGCUCCAGAAGAAGAGUCACGCUCAUGAUCGCUGCUGUAUGGUUUCUUUCAUUCGCUGUAUCAUGUCCACUACUGUUUGGACUCAAUAACACAGCCAGUCAGGAGGGGAGAGAUUGCAGUUUCGCUGAUCCAGCGUUUGUGGUUUACUCAUCUGUUGCGUCUUUUUACGUGCCCUUCAUUGUGACACUGCUGGUGUAUGCGCAGAUCUGUGUGGUUCUGCGCAGACGGGGCAGACGAACCGCACCUUCACGCAGACAUGGCCUUCACUCAGGAGAUGGAGAUGGACCGAGACCUCGCAAGAAUAAGUGUACUCACCCUGAGGAUGUGAAGUUGUGUACUUUAAUCCUGAGACCGCCUACAGAUGCUCCACACCGCAAGAAAGUGACGUUGGCGACGGAGGCUCUGGUUCAUCCUCUGGACGUGGAGCCGGCGUGCUUUCUGAAUCAAGAGAGAGAGCAGACGCAUCAGUCCGGACGAGCUAAAAUCUCUCUCUCUGUGGCUCCCAGCCCGACUCGCCCCGGCUCCACGCGCUCGGCCCCGGGCCCUCGCAGGGUCACCCUAAAGGAGAACGCACACGGACGGCACGGAUGGAGCGAGAAACGUACAGAAAGAGAGAAAGGUGUCGCAGCGAAGGAGAGAGAGAGGGGAAGAUUUUCACAACAGAAAGAAAGAAAAGCGACUCAGAUGUUGGCUAUUGUUUUAGGUGUUUUCAUCAUAUGCUGGUUACCGUUCUUCCUCACACACGUGCUGAAAGCUCACUGUGGUACCUGCUGUAUCUCUCCAUCACUUUACAGCGCUGUCACCUGGCUGGGAUACCUGAACAGUGCCGUAAACCCCGUCAUCUACACCACAUUCAACAUUGAGUUUCGUAAAGCCUUUAUUAAAAUCCUGCACUGCUAACAACACAUCUGACGUCUGAAUCAGAUCCUCAAAACUGAAGCGAAAUAUAUCAGCUUUGACUCACUAUCAGCAGAGAUUAUCUGAAGAUUACUGAGAUUUAAACUAAUGAUUUACACCAGUGGUUCUUAAACUGGGGUCCGGGGCCCCCAGGGGGGCCGCAAGAUGGUGCCAGGGGGGCCCCAGUUUUAUAAUUUUUUUAUAAAAUACAUUAAUUUAUCUUGAAUUCUGUGAAAUUAAACCUAAAAUAAUAAGGCAGCACUACUUUGCAUAAUUUAAUGUUUUGUUUAAUUAAAAUGUGAAGUUUAAGAACAGUUUUUUGUCAUAAAUUUUCUUUGGGGGGGCCGUGAAGAAAUGCACCGUACACAAAGGGGGCCGCACACUGAAAAAGUUUGAGAACCACUGAUUUACACUAUAUUGAAAAUGAUGUGACAAUAUGAUUUCUACACACAUGCUGUAAAUAAGAUCAGAUAAUAAGAUAUAAAAUACAAUGCGUGACCAUAGACAACAAAACCAGUCAUUGAGAUUUAUACAUGAAUACAGAAGCUUUCCAUAAAUCUGGAAUCUGAGCUUGCAAAAAAAUCUAAAUAUUGUCUGAAGUUGUCCAAAUGAAGUCCUUAGUAACUACAUUCACUCACAAACAUUUUUUUAGGGCUGUCAAACAAUUAAACGCGAUUAAUUGCAUACAAAAAAACAAGUUUGAUUUGGCAUAAUAUAUGUGUGUGUGUGUGCACUGUGUGUAAUUAUUUUGUAUAUAUAAAUACGCUACCUGGUCUCUGCUUUUUCCUAUUUUCAAACCAUUUUUGCUUCAGUUUAGGGUUAGAUUUGGUGUU